AUGUUUGACUUAUAUUUUUUAGGAGGUACAAAUGGCGUGUAUGAGAUUGAAGACUUAGUGGAAUUAUUACAAAGAGAAAAUUCUAAAGACAUAUUUGUGGCAACUGUACCCGAAGAUAUACAUUUUGUACAGCACAUUUGUGUAGUAAGUGCCAGAAGCAAAAGGCAUAUAUUAGCACUUGCUGAAUUUAUAAGAAAGGUGUAUAAAAAGAAAUGUUUUAAAAGUGAUCCUAUACCACGCAUUGAAGGAAAAGAUUCUGAUGAAUGGGUAGCCUUGGAUUUAGGCAAUAUAGCUUUGCAUAUAUUUUCUGAGAAGACUAGGAAGAUAUAUGAUCUGGAGACAUUGUGGUCGGUCGGAGCUGAGUAUGACGAAAACAUCACAAAGAGUAGUGAAGUUGUUGAUUUACUAGAAAAUUAUAGUUCAUAUCUAAAAGAUCUUAAACCUUUGUCUUAA